UGAUUUCUCAUAUCAAAUGAAACCGAAGGGUGUGCAUGUGUAAGUGCAAACGCAAACAAACGUCAUGUAGAAUUUCUUCCUUUCGUGAUAUUUGGCGUGAAGAAAAGCUGAACUUUGUCACAUUCGGAGAGUAUUUCAGCAGAAAUACAUGCUGCAUUGUACGUCUCGCCUCUGGAAGAUUCGUUUGGCGCAUACGUGUUUGAAUGUGAAGUGAAUGCGUAUGACUUUGGCCGCAGAAUACUCACACACAUAACCAAACAAAAUGUAUUGCCUACAAUGGUUGAUUCCAGUUUUACUUAUUCCUAAGCCGCUAAAUCCUGCACUUCUCAAUACUCAUGUUAUGUUCAUGCUUCUUUACAUGGUCAGCUUCUUUUUAGAGCGUAAACCAUGUUCCAUCUGCAGUCUGAUAUUUGUCGCAGCUGUUUUCCUGAUAUGCUACAGUGGUUUCGGAAAUUGUAUCCUGUGGAACAACAUGUGUGAUGCAAACCGUUGUGAGAAUGGGUGACUCUCUUUUUCAUUUCAAUUUAGUGCAGUUGUGCCAGCACUGAAUAUUUAUUACAGUAACUAUUUUCACCCACUCUAUUGUCGAUUUUUGUUGGAAGCCUAUCACCAAGAUUUACUGGUCUGUGACUUUGUUGCUAGUAUUUAUUGAAUCUAGAUUUUUGUUAGUUUUGGUCUCAGCAACCUUCAACUGCAGUAGUCUUCUAAAAGAAAUGGUGCUUUUGACUUUCUCUUCUGGAAACUUUCUGGGUUCGGAUAAGAGAGAGGAAUCUAAUUUUCUUUGUCAAUUUGCAGUUUUAAGGCAGUUGAAAAUUGAUUUUCAGGAAAACUAGUUCAACACCCUAGCCAGCUUUUUAUUAGUUCAAAGAAAACAAAUUGAGGCUUUGUGUGUUCUAAUAUUUUCUCAACAAUUCUUGUCAUAUAUUUCCAAGUUCAUAUUGAAUUUUGGAUGUAGAUGAAAUCGCACUCAACCUUAUUUCUUUGAUUUGUGCAAGUGCCACUUUUUUUUUUUAAAUAAGACUUAAUGAACUGAAAGUAUAGCAUUAAAAUGGGAUAGUGUUGAAACAAUUAGUGAAUGUUACUUUAUGUUACUAAUUUUUUUGUUUCAUGUUUGAAGAUAUCCUGCUUUGUUAAUUUUGUCUACCUGUCCUUUGUAAAAUUGUUGUUACAUCCACCUUGCCAAACCUCUGCACUUCUCUCACGGAUCUAUUGUACGAGAUUUCAAACUAUUCAUAGUUAUUCUACAUUCUCAAUUUUGAAAUUUCCAUGUAUUUCUUUUAGGCCUUUAAGCACAUGGGGGAAGAGAGACUUCCAUAUUUGAUUUUUGUAUGCUUCCAUACAUAUGUUUUUGUCUAGAUUUUUUCUUUCAACUCAAUAGUUCAAGUAAACAGUGAAUAAUAGAAAGUUGAAAGUAUAUGUUUACCAAUUAAAAAAUUGAUUUAUGGUAUGAUCAAUUUAAUUUGUAGUAAUGUUUUUGUUUUGUGUGUUUUUCUUCAACUAAUAGAAUUUGCUCAAAUUAUUCAACCUUACUUUCCAGUUUGCAUUACAAGCUUAUAUUCACAUACAUAUCUCUGGUAUAUGCCAGAAAUGUAAGUAUGAUCCCCUCUCAAUGUUAUACCUGUAACUUGUUUUGACCUUGUGGUGUGAAAUGAAGUACCCACUUCUCUAGAGGAGUUUCCUUGAAAAAAUCCGGGAUGGGAAAUUAACGGCAGCAUUAUGAGCGCUUCCCAGAGAUGGAUUAAUUGUUAGUCAGGCAGACUUCAGCACUAUUUUUGAAAUAUCUUAGAAUUAAUUAGUGGCGAGGCAUAGGUCCUUUUAUUUAAGCCUCAC